AUGGCAGAGCAGGCUGGCGGGCGCUUCCUGCUGCGCAUUGAAGACAUCGACACGACACGCAGCAAGCCGGAUUUCAUUGAGGCGAUCUUUGAGGACCUUCACUGGCUGGGUCUGAAAUGGGAAGAACCCGUCCGGCGACAAUCGGAGCAUUUCGCUGACUACAAGGCAGCCUUGGCGAUGUUGCAUGCUCGAGACCUCGUUUACCCUGCUUUUAUGACACGCUCUGAAAUUGCAGAGGCAUCAGAACUGUUGUCAGGUGACUGGCCCAUGGACCCGGACGGCAUGCCGCACUACCCGGGACGGGAACGGGACCUGAACCUUGCCGAUCGCAAUAGCCUGAUGAGUACCGGCUUGCCUUUCGGUUGGCGGCUCAACAUGAAAAGAGCGGUUGAAAUUGCAGGACCGCUGACCUGGACCGAAACCGGCGAUGGCACCAAACGCAUCAUUCAGGCACGACCUGAAAUCUGGGGUGACGUGUUGAUUGCGCGCAAGGACGUUCCGGCAAGCUAUCACUUGUCAGUCGUUGUUGAUGAUGCCUUGCAGGGUAUCAGCCACGUUGUGAGGGGCCAAGAUCUCUUUGAAGCCACGGCUAUUCACCGGCUCUUGCAAUCUUUGCUCGACCUGCCGGUGCCGGAUUACAAUCAUCAUCGGCUACUGACUGAUGCAAAGGGGAAAAAGCUCGCCAAGUCAAAGACAUCAAAGCCGCUUCGCGAAUUGCGCCAUGACGGAUUUUCGCCUGCCUACAUCCGCCAGCUGAUCGGCCUUUAA